CGCAAAUCCACGUCAAUGCCGCCUCUGUUGUCUUGCUCAAGUUGAAUAUCUUAUUAUCUUAUUAUGUUGCCGAGAUCACUCUAAUUGACUUGGAAGUACUAAAAACUAGGGCUUAAAUGUUAAACUAAUCGAUCCUUACUACCUAAUGUCUUGUACGAGGCCGGUACGAGGCUAUUGCGAGCAACCCUGUUGCAAGGUCACCCAGUCUAGCCUUAUGAGUAGUACUUGGUAUAUGAUCCCCGUGCAUUUGAUGGGCGGGCCCAAUUAAGGCUCAGUCGCUUGGAAAGCGGGUAGAAAGUCAGGAGAGAGAGGGGGAGGAUUCAGAAGAACGUCUCUUGAGUCUUGACGCGCAAAGGUUUGUCAAAUAUGGACCCCUGUGUUUGGCACAAUAACGUUUCUUUUGAGGUUGGAAAAGCCAGGUUUCCUCACGUAGAUAUGGUGCAGUGUUGAGAUAUAUUCCUUGCACUUCCCGGAGCUUUUCCUUUUGAGGUUGAGCUCGAGUUUUUGAAGGUCUUUCUCUCUUACCUUUUACUUUCUUUCAGUCCACUGAAAUGGAGAGAUUUCUACUUACUGCUCUCGCCCUUCUCCUAGCUGUCUUUUUCUAUAAUCCAGAUAACUUGAACUCGUUCUGGAUUGCUCGGAAGUUUCCUCUGGUCGGCAAAGAACUUGGGAACAGGAAGCAGCGUGUCAAAGCCUUUCUUUCUCCGGCCGGGUACGACCUCUUCCGUCGCGGGUAUGAGCAGUUCAGGAAUGGCGUAUUUCGUGUGACGACCGAUGAGGGUAUGUCUAUGUCAGUGCUGUGUUGGUACUGCUAUUGUCUUCUAUGGAGGGAAAGAUGCUAAACAUGAGACGGAACAGGCGAACUCGUUGUGCUGCCCAACUCGGCGCUGGACGAGCUCCGCAGCCUAGGGGAUGACCACAUCACGAGAUAUGAACCAAUGGACAUUGUACGUUUAUCAAAACCCUCCUUAGCAGACCUCGCUAACCCUAGAUUCCAAUAGAAAACACAAGGCAAUCAUACCGGAUUGCACGCAGCCGACGACGGUCUCGCCUUUCUCAUUCGCAACGAAAUCAACCGCAAACUCCCCAUGGUGACAGAUAUGUUGCAUCCUGAAGCAGUGACAGCCGUACCGUCGACCUUGGGUCGUUUGCCAGACUGGACACCGGUGAUCCCAGCCAGAUCGCUAAUGGGCAUCGUGGCCGUCGUCAUUGGGCGUGUCUUGGUUGGAGCCGAUUUGUGCCGUGACCGGGUUUACAUUGAGCAUACCAACCUCUUCUCCCGCACCCUCUUUACCUGUGCUCGCAAGCUUGUUCAACUGCCUCGAUACUUUCGUUACUUGGCCCGAUACUUUAUGCCGGAAUUCUGGCAGCUGCGCACCUCGCGCCGCCGAGUUUCGGAAUUCUUACGACCGGUCAUCGCGGAACGACAACGGGCACUUCGCUUAGGGUUGGAUGUGCCCGAAGACAACAUCACUUGGACGCUGCGGAGGCUCGGCAAUGAUGUGAAGGACACCGUAGACGCCAUCACUCACGAACAGUUUGGCCUAUCCGUCUCGGCCAACUCAGUCACCAUGCUCACUGCUAUCGCAUGUCUGUACGAGCUUGCUGUGGAGCCCGAGGUCAUUAAGGAUCUGCGGCACGAGAUCAUCGCCGCCAGAGCCAGGCACGGCGACAAACUCAACAGCAAGGCCCUGUUUGAAAUGAAGCUUCUCGACAGCGUGAUGCGUGAAUCGAUGCGCUUGAGCCCUACCAAUGCAACUCGAUGGAUGCGCAGGGCCAACCGGCCGGUCAAAUUAAGCGACGGAACCGUCAUUCCUACUGGCACUGUCUUUCGCGUGCUGGCCUCGCCUCCCCUUUUCGACGCGGAUAUUUACCCGGACCCGUUCAAGUUUGACGCCUACCGCUUCGUCCGGUUACGAGAAGGCAGUGUUAAAGACCCCAUUGGCUACAACAACCGUGAAAUGUACCAGUUCGUCAGCGCAGCAAAGGAAAACCUCCAAUGGGGUCUCGAUCGUCACGCUUGUCCGGGUCGUUUCUUUGCCGCAGUUGUUAUCAAGCUUAUUUUAGCUGAGGUGAUUGAGCACUAUGAUAUACGGAUGCCUGGAGGUGCGAAGGAUAAAUGCCCAUAUGUUCUAAGAGGAGAGUUUAGAGGGGUCGACUAUACUCAGCCGCUUGAAUUCAGAAGCGUAUUGAAUUGAAAGUUCCUAUCUACUGUGGAAAACGGGGUUGUAUCUAGCUAUGUAACCAUGAAAGUUUUUGAUAUACAG